AUGAGACAAAACAAUGUUGAGAACGAGCAGAAAAGGGCGGCGGCAGUCAACAAUUCUGCGACUGUGAGUUCUGUCGGUGUCACAGAUAAGAAUGUUGAUAGUAAAACAGACAGUGCUUGUGACAGUCAACCUAGUAUUGUUUCUAAUGGUAAAGAUCUUGAGAUUAAUUCUGACGAGACAACUUGUAGGAAACAGAAAAAAGGGAUUAGCUUUCCAAAGGAUACAUUUAUUUCUGACUACUUUGAACCACCAGACCCGUGGCAGAAUGCACCUUCAUGGACAACAGAUGAGUUGGUUUCAGCAUACAAGAAAAGUUGUGAGCUCCAUGGAACGAAACCUAUUUCUAAAUUAGUUCAGCAGCUACAAACUUGCUGUCCAGGCAGACAGGAGGAAUUACUGUGUUUAAAGG